CACAUAUUCCUACGCCGAGUAACCGGAGCGCCAUUGUAAUGGCUGAAAGAAAGGUUGUAUGGACUGAAGCUCACAGUUAUUUACGGAAUUCCGGACAAUAGCGGAGUAUUUUCCGCUGUUGCUGGCCAUGGCUGAUUACGCCGAGGAAAUCGACAAAGAAGUGUCUCGGUAUAAUGAAGAUCUGAACUUGUUUGAGGUCCCACACCCUCAGAGUUACUGGCGAGAAGUGACAGCCAAGCGGUCGGAUACCACUGCAGGAGAUGCGUUUCGUAGCAAACAAAGUGUGUAUAUGUCUCACGUUCACCAAAAACAAAGUCAACUUCGAUACUCGCCAAAGACAAUGUUUUACUCUAACACCGAGCGAUCGGCUAGCAUUUCGUCAACGUCACACGACGGUAAACCGCCGAUACCAGCAUCAAUGAUGCUCCCCCAGCAUCCGAUCGCCAUCGGGAUUCCUCACCCCCAGGGAAAGCUGAGCCCCCCGGGGAACGAAAACAGGGGGAUAUACAUUGGAAAUACACGUUACCCUGCACCUAAAGCAGCUAUGAUGAACAAUUCUGUGAGCCAGAGUCAGUCCUUUGGAAGUAUGCAACACACAGUUUAUGCCAAUCUUCCCAUUGUGAACAAUGUGAAUGUCUCCAGGCCUGGAACAAACUCGAACUAUUCCAGUCCACGAUCAAGUGUUGGGAGUGGGGGUGAGUCAAAGAGCUCCAGCCCUCGGGCAAGUCUCACCUAUCCACCUCCACCAUAUGAUCAACGAUUUGGCAGCCCAAGAUCAAGUAUUGCAAGUCCCAGAUCAAGCCUAAGUGCAAAUUCGUUGGAAUCCAAACAUUCAAGUCCCAGGACUAGUCUUACCGGAGUACUUCUGGAUAAGUUUCCCAGCCCACGGACAAGUCUAUCCUCCCCUCAGGAUCGCAUACCAAUUCAGCGUAUUGUGGGUAAUAAUACCGGAUAUAGUGACCAGGAAUUGUAUAAUUUAUCUAUGUCUGGCCAUAGUGCUCAUCAGUAUCCCCAGAGCUAUACUAGCCUUGGACCAAGAAGCGUUUCCUUGUUAAGUGACAACCGUUUUAAUGAGCCGGCACCCCCAAUAUAUACCGAUCCUCGUCUUCGAACCCUGCCACCCCAGGUGCAGGCUAGUGUGCACACCAUGGGCUAUGCCAACCCUGUCCCUACAUCACGAUCUAACCAGUCAGUGAGCAUAAAUUCCACCCAGAAUGGAAACCAUGUGAUUUCGAAUUCCCUCCCGAUUAAUAGUACUGCAGUAGUGAACAGCUUGUCCCAACCUAACGUGACCGGUCCCAGCCACCUGGGCCAGACCCCCCCAGUGAUACCUGCACGGGUCCCCCUCCACUAUGAGACGGUACCCUCCAGGUCGGCAGGGCCCUCUGAUGCUGAAAAGAAGAUAGCUGCUUUAACCCAGCAGCUUGAACGUGAAAUGCAAAUUUCAGGAUCUGUGUCUAAAAAGUCCCCUGACUCUCCCUCCGGCAAGAUGCCCCUUCCCCCACCCUACCAUGGCCCCCAUGAUGUAGAGGUCUUCCCUGGAUCAUACACCCAGAGGAAUGCCGUGCGACUAGUGGCCCCAAUACAGGGGGUACAGGUCCAACGGUCAGGCAGUGUACCCAUCACUCCACCCACCCAGCCUGGCUCCCCGGGGAUUAAACCUCACCUUCACUACCAGGUUACCCCACCUAAAUCCAAGGGGCCAUCAGAGGCCGAGAAGAAGUUGUCAGCUUUAACACAACAACUUGAAGAGGAAAUGGAAAAGUCACCCGUUGGUGAAUAUUUUGGUCAGUGCUAUACCUGUGGGGAGAAGGUGACAGGUGCUAACGAUGCGUGUCAGGCGAUGGGCAAUCUCUACCACACCAAGUGCUUUGUCUGCUGCUCUUGUGGGAGGACGUUACGAGGGAAAGCGUUCUACAACGUCCACGGGAAGGUCUACUGUGAAGAGGACUAUUUGUAUUCAGGUUUUCAGCAGACUGCAGAGAAGUGUGUCGUGUGUGGUCAUCUCAUUAUGGAAAUGAUCUUGCAGGCCAUGGGGAAGUCAUAUCACCCGGGUUGUUUUCGAUGUUGUAUUUGUAACGAGUGUCUGGAUGGCGUUCCCUUCACGAUCGACGUUGACAACAAGAUAUAUUGUGUGGCAGAUUAUCACAGAGUGUACGCUCCCAAGUGUGCCGCGUGCGGACAUGCUAUCACCCCAGUUGAUGGCACAGAGGAGACUGUACGGGUCGUCUCCAUGGAUAAGGACUUCCAUGUCGACUGUUAUCAUUGUGAGGACUGUGGUAUCCAGCUGACGGACGAACCUGACAAGCGAUGUUAUCCACUUGAGGAGCACUUGUUUUGCCGAGGCUGUCACAUAGCAAGGCUCAACAUCCAGUUCCCUGAUGAUCAGUUUUACAUAGACCCACUCACGUUCAACAUCCAGAAAAAGUCGGAUCGGCACGGAGGUGGGGGGAUCAUCACAGUUGCCCCAUCCAGCUAUGCUGCUGUUGCUAUCAACACAGGGUCAAUACCCAUCAUAAACUCUGACAGGAAUAGGGGAGGGGAGGACAUGCAAAAUGGAGGCCAUAAUUUUGAUUACCAAUAUGGUGGCCCCCUUCCCUAUGCUUCCCCGAACAAACUGACUCAUGGCCCACCGAAGCCGGGAACCAAAUAUCACAUCACUGACUUAUAGUUUGUCAUGGACAUAGUUUUAGUGCAAAUAUAUAUAUAUUUAUUUUCUUAUAUCGUGUGAUCGCCAUUGAACAAUUUGGUGUUGAGAGAACUGAGAGGUUGAUGUAUCAGGUGAUAAAGGGAGGUCACUCUCAGGUGAUAAAGGGAGAUCACUCUGCAGCUGACUGAGUGCAUUUUUGGACAACAUAGUUGAUUCUGAUGCCACAGGAUUCCCUGUAUGGACAAGGAGUGUGGUUAACCUCGUGAGGCUGAGCUAGUGUCAUGGUGGGGACUCACAUUGGUUUUUAUCAACAGUUGUGUUUGCAGACUGUCUCAAAACUUUGUUUCCCUGAAACAGCAUAUUUCAGCGUAUAUGUAUAGAUGAGCCACGCUGUCUCCAGAGUGAAUGUGAUGUUACUUUUGUUUUCUAAUUUCAGGUGGUUGUGCUUGCUCUUCAGUUCUAGGGUUAUUUUGAUGGAAAUUUUGCUUGUAGAUUUCCAAUAGCCACGUCUUUCAUUUCAACCCAAACUUUCAUCAAUUUCAUCCAUUUUCAUAUCCCAAGAAUCUCUUUCCUUUGUAUCGAAAAGUGAUGUGUCAUAUGUUUUGUGAAUGAAAGUACAUUAAGAAGAAAUUAUUUAUUAAGAUUAAUUUAAAUAUAUAUUGUUUAUGUAGCUUGAGAUGUGGCCUCAGUUGAGAGAAUGCUGUGUAUGACAUAUUGUGACUUGGGCCUGUUGAUGUAACAACAGCUGUCAAUAACACAUAACCACCUGUGUAGAUGACAGGAUCGUCAGCUAAUGUUAUUUUAGUAUGGGAUCAACCAUUUAGUAUUCUGGAGGGGAUGGAAGACAAAAUAUAUAUUUUUUGGGCUCUAUCUACAAUUAUUGUCUCUGAAGAAUGGAGCCAAAUGACAGUUUGUAACACAACAUAGUUUUUCAAAACAAUUGGAAACUUUUUUUGAAAUUAUAUUUUUAUGAAGCUUUUGGAACAAAUACAUAUAUUAUUUUUAUGUCCAAGGGCCAACAUGGUGUGGUUGUGUCUAUCAUGAUGACCACAGUCAGAGGGGAGGUUGGUGUUGCCUGACCACCUGUCAACCCUUUACCUGUCCACCCCCACCUGUCUACCAUCACCUGUCCACCCCCACCUGUCCACCUGUCUACCAUCACCUGUCCACCCUUUACCUGUCCAUCCCCACCUGCCCACCCUUUACAUGCUCACCUCUCUACCAUCACCUGUCCACCCUUUACAUGCCCACCCAUCACCUAUCCACCUGUCUACCAUCACCUGUCCAUCCCACACCUGUCCACCCCUCACCUGUCCUCCAUCACCUGUCCACCCUCAACCGUCCUCCCCAGACCUCUCCACCCUCACCUGUCCACCCUCUCCUGUACAGCAGCAGGACCAAGUCACUAUGUCACAUACAGUGUGGUUCUGAAAUUCAUGAUUGUUCACCUGACAUGCAUUUUCUCUUUUUCGCAUAAUGUGUCAAUGCGAUUGGUUGGAUGAGUUCUUGAUUGGUUUGUACAGCUUCUCCUAGUGCCAGAAAUGUGAUGACUUGUUGCCUGCUAGUGCUGCUCUGUAUAUGUCCUUUAACCAGAGAACAAGUUGUUUGUUACAUGAGUAAUAAUGUUGAACAUCCGAGGUAGAGUAAUGUUGAACAUUAUAUGAAUAGUAACCUUUACAUUCAAAUGAAAAGUAAUGUUGAAUUUUAGAUGAGUAGUAAUGUUAAACAUCAAAUAGCAUUGUUGGACAUCAGUUUAAUAGUAAUGUUGAACAUCAAAUAGCAUUGUUGGACAUCAGUUUAAUAGUAAUGUUGAACAUCAAAUAGCAUUGUUGGACAUCAGUUUAAUAGUAAUGUUAAACAUCAAAUAGCAUUGUUGGACAUCAGUUUAAUAGUAAUGUUGAACAUCAAAUAGCAUUGUUGGACAUCAGUUUAAUAGUAAUGUUAAACAUCAAAUAGCAUUGUUGGACAUCAGUUUAAUAGUAAUGUUGAACAUCAAAUAGCAUUGUUGGACAUCAGUUUAAUAGUAAUGUUAAACAUCAAAUAGCAUUGUUGGACAUCAGUUUAAUAGUAAUGUUGAACAUCAAAUAGCAUUGUUGGACAUCAGUUUAAUAGUAAUGUUAAACAUCAAAUAGCAUUGUUGGACAUCAGUUUAAUAGUAAUGUUAAAUAGAAUCUGUUGUUCAGUCGCAUGAUGAAAAGACUAUGUAAACUGGUUGUUGAAGACUGAUGUUGUCUGUACUGGGUGACGUGAGGUUUGACACACGGAAUGUCAAUGCCUUUCUCAAACUGAUUGUAGCUACUACUGUCAGAAGUUAAGUAUUGAUACUGUCAUACUGUUAAAGUAUUGAUGUUAGUUACUCGCAGUGCUAUGACUGCUACAAGUCUGUGUGAAGAUAUAGAUGAGUUAUGAUAGUCAUAGUGCUGUGAUCACGUGAUCCGAAUCCCCUGGUGAUACACUAUCAUAGUGCUUUGAUCACGUGAUCCGAAUCCCCUGGUGAUACACUAUCAUAGUGCUGUUCUGAUCCACCUUGAUAACCUGGUCGGAAGUCAGUGUGUGGAACUGUCCACGCCCAAUGCUUUGUUCAACCUGCCUGUUCUAUUUGAGUUAUAUAUGUGUGAGAUGCUCGGUGGCGGUCCAGGAUCCUGGUGGAUAGCUGCGCGAAGGCUGGCCACAGAUGUCUGAACAUUGCAGGGCACAGUUUCAAGGCUUAUUGUUACACUGUUGGCCAUUGCUCAACCAUAGGCUGUAAUAUUGUUUCGAUAUGUAUAGCAGGUGCUUGUCUUGAUGAUAUUGGUAGGACUUAUUUAUUGCAGGGAAAGAAGUGACAAAUUGGAUAGAUUAAUUUAUAACAUACAGACCAUAAUGAAUUAAAAACAGCUUCUACAGGUACAUUCAUCUCUCGGAUCAACUUGAUGGUUGUAUUUUGAGAUCAGUGGCGUCUGUGAUGACGGCCAGCUGCACAUGGUGUUGGUCUUCCCCAUGUUGGGAUUAGAUUGUCUCCUGCGUGUCACAACAACUGUCUAAGGAGGAUCAGGUGGUCACCAUUUCUUACUUGGUUGUGUCAUUUCUCCUGAUCAUCAUGGAUGGUUACUCAUGCUGUCAAUCACUGGAUUGUCAAGUCCCGGUUACUUUCACAUGCUUUUAAUAUUGCUGAGUAUGCAAUCAAUGACAUUCACCCUCCUGUGGGUUUUAUUGUUUUGUUUUUUAUACUGCAAUAUUCAAGGUCUGUGACGGUGGUCUGUGACAGUGGUCUGUAGACCAGUUAAUCCAGUGACGGAUGUCAUGAUCUGUGACACGCAGUCAACCAAAGCAACCGAUCAGUUUAGUUGCCUGUUCAGACAAGUAUAUGUUGCUGGAGACCUAUAUUCUCCAGCAUAAUUCCACAGGGCUGGCUGUGCUUGUGUGGAAUUAAACCCAUCUUUGAUUUCACAAGUGAAAGGCUAUGAAACAUCACAGUCUGUACGUAGUUUGGAAUGUUUAAUUUAUUGUGGUCUAAAGUAGGUGUGUGUGGUGUACCUUGUAUGUGUUCAUGGAGCUGUCUAUCAAUGUAAAGGAAACGAAAGUGCAAUAUUGAAGAUUAUUUAUUCCCUUUCAUCCAUGCCUCAGUACACGAUUCCAUCAACUUCCUGUUAAGUGUCUCUCUGCUACAUCGCCUAGCAACCAUCUUGUAUUUGGAGAAUCAUUAUAUUAACGAAGUCUUCCUUGUUUGUGAUUUGACAGACAAAUGAAAUUUGUUUGUUUUAACGAUGUAUUGUAUAUGAAGGUAAUAUGUCUGCGGUAACAACUGUCUUCUCGGCAGACAUGUCGAUGUUGUUUCUGUCAAGAUUUGUGAUGCAAAGACAUUUUUAGCCAAAAUACCCAGCUUCCUACUAACAAUGUUUGCCGUGUUCCUGCAGGGCGGAGAUCUUUAUUCUCUGUUCAGUCUUCUUGAAGCAUGAGUAACCCAUGUGGCAGACCUAUCUGAGACCAUCUAGGGGAGUGUUUAGAAUAAGCUUUAAUUGUAUGGUUAAAUGACCCAAGAUUUAAACACUGGCUGGACUACUGAGUGUUAAAUACAUACCGGUAUAUGGAGAUACGGUACUUAGAAUGUGAACUGUGGCCUUAUGAUACUGUUUAUUACAAAGUUUAUGGAAUGUUAAACAAAUUUUAUAUUGUUUGCCAAUAUAAAGAUGUGGGAGGUCAAAACAUGAAUGUUAGUGAACGUCCAAACAAGAUGAAAUAUAAUAUGCAGUUUGGGUUAUUGUAUCUAAAAGUAGUUGUGGAAACAAAUAUUGAAAUAUGGAUCUGGCCUGGUCAAGAAAUAAGUCUACCUGUACAUACAUGUUGGUCCAGUGAGGUCACUGUAUUAACUACAUCAGUACCACAUUAUCAGUUGGUAAUCAUGUGAUACCAGGUGGCAAUCACAUGACACCAGUUGGUAAUCACAAGCUACACGUUCCUAGCCACCAAGAUAUUGCAGUAGACCCAUGGCUGAGGCUGGCGAUUGCAUGUAACCGUUCAUUGUGAAUGUGUCAUCUUAAUUUAUGCUCCCUAUCAUCAUUCUAGAUGUUGCCUCAUGGUAUACACACCGAUAUGGGUUGUUGGCAGUACACCUACAGCCAACAUGUGUAGUGCACUUCAGCCAGGGAUUAUACAACAUGUAUGGGAUAGUCACUCAGUAAUUACAUAGAAAUGUUGUCAUGUUGUGAAACUGAUGCUCAUCUGUCAUACAGCAGUUAAAUCAAAUUACUUAAUUAGGAAAAGAAUCAAAACAGCAAUAAACUCAAAUUAUUGUUUUCUAUUUAAUGUGCAUGUUAAGUUUUUUUGCAUCCCAUAGCAGACUAAAAUUGAAAGCAUUAAUGCUCUUCUGGUGAUACUGCUCUUUGGGUUUUAUAUUUGCAUGACAAGUGAAUAAAUGUGUAUAUUUCCCCGCUAGAUCUGUGCCCUGUGAAGAUAUCUCCUACAAAUUGUGAGAAUCUGUGUAAAGAAGUGCUUUAAUAUGAAUACAGCUUGUUAGGUGGUUGGUUCUUACAUACUGUCGUUUUCAACUUGUGAAAAUUGGAUUAAGCGAAUAUCAAGAAGAAAUAUUCCAUGGAAAUGGUUUGGGUUUCUGCUAUCAUAUGUACUCAAAAUGUCACAACGUGUUUGUAUCUCGUCAUUUUCAAGACUUCACCAAAUAAUGUUUGGAUAUCAGAGAGAAAUAAACAGGGAUCAUACCAAAUAUAUGCUUCCAUUUUCAGCCAUUAUUCAAUCCUCUUGUCAGGGAACAUUGGUUUUCUGAGAGGAGUAAGUUUUCCUUUAAUCAUGUCCUCACAGCUGAGCGUGACAGUGUGUAAGGCUGUACUACUGAUUCCUAUGCAUUUUACGCCAAGCUACCUGUGGACGUUGUCGUCGAUGUUGACAACGCAGCAGUAGGUCAGGAGGAACACCAUGGGCCUCAUGUGAUCAAUGUUAUAAUAAUUAUUUUCAGUUUAGUCUUAUUUAAUUUUUUGCUGAAGACUUGGUUAGAAAGCCAAAGUUGUAAAGACUUUGUUUUGGUAAAAAUAUUCUGUCAUAAAA